AUGACAGAAGAAAAAUUAUGGAUGCCUGAGGAUGCUGUUCCAGCUGGUAUUAAGAACUUAUUAAUCCCUGAUUCUCCAAACAAGAAAAUAAACUACAUUUUAGCAUUCAUUCAGAUAGUUCGUUUAUUGAAAACCCAAAAGAGAACAGGAUGGGUUGACCAUAAUAUACCAAAUGCCAGCGUUGAAAGUAUUAGUGACCACAUGUACCGUAUGUCGAUUAUUUCUAUGGUCAUUCCAAAUAAUGAGAUCAACAUCGAUAAGUGUGUCAAAAUAGCAGUGAUACAUGAUAUCGCAGAGGCAUUGGUAGGUGAUAUUACACCAUUUGAUGGAGUCACGAAACCAGAAAAACACCGUCGAGAAUACGAAUCUAUCAAGUUCUUAUCGUCUUUGAUCGAGCCUUAUAACCCUAAGUUUUCUAAGGACAUAAUCGAAUUAUGGCUCGACUACGAAGAAAUCAGAUGCAUUGAGGCAAGAUACGUGAAGGAUGUUGACAAAUAUGAAAUGAUCCAACAAGCGUGGGACUACGAACAAGAAUUCGGCUUUCAAUAUAAAUUGGACCAAUUUUAUGAAUCAAGAUCGGCCAUCAAAUCUAAGGAAAUUAGUGAGUUGUGCGAUGAAGUUAUCAGACAAAGAACUGUUUUGCAGAAAUCACUCACUAACUAG